GCUCCAAUCCCUUCUUGUUCCGUGUGAUCAAUCCUCGAACUCAAAAAUGGCAAAGCUGCUUCCGAUUUGUAUCGUCCUCGUCCUCGUCCUCGGCGCCAUAGCUUUGACAUGCAACGCCACCACUUACACGGUGGGAGACACCUCCGGCUGGGACAUUAGCACCGAUCUCGAUUCUUGGGCCACAGGCAAGACCUUCACUGUUGGCGACGUUUUAGUGUUUCAGUACUCGUCGUCGGAGAGCGUGGAAGAAGUGAGCAAAGAGAGCUAUGACAACUGUACCACGGCAAAUGCGCUCCAAACAUACUCGAACGGCAACACGUCGGUCCCGCUCGCGAGACCCGGCGCGUGGUACUUCAUACCCGGCAACCGGAUGUAUUGCCUCGGAGGGAUGAGGCUCCAGGUCAACGUGGUGGGCUCCCCAGCCGCUUCGCCUGCCGGCACCCCGCGAGCGGCUCCCGGGCCGGGUGCUCUAACCCGACCCGGUUCAAAGAGCGACGCCCCAUCUACUUCUUCUUCAAAUGGGCUUCUCCAUGCUCGGAGUUAUAAGAUUGUUUCUGCUUUGAUUGGCCCUGUAGCCGCUGUGCUGUGGGUGGCCCAUUUAUAAUUAUUUUAUCAUCUAUGAAAUCAUAUGCGUUCAUGUUUGUCUUA